AUGCCCCACGGCAUGCCCGGGCGCAUUGAGGAGGUAGAAAGACCCAUCGCCAAAAUAGUCAAAAGCGUCGAAUCGCCCAAUCUUGAGACCCGUGUCAAAGGCUAUCUCAAGCACCUCACGCCCUUCGAUAUCUGCGUCGAGAACUAUGGCGUCUUCGCGGGUAGGCCAGCCUGGCCAAGUUGCGGCGCGAACUUUGGGACCGACUACCAGCGCCGUGGUUUUGGGAAACUGAGUCACAUCGCCGAUGUGGUCGAAGUGAUUGUGCGACCAUAUGAUUGCCGAGAUGUCGCUUCUGCGUACAUUGAUUUGGCCGCUGUCAGCAGCCUCGUCCAGCAUGGUGGGUACGUCAGUCCCUGGUGUUACAACCGUGGUUACCGAUAUCAGAGCAACGGUCUUCGGGGCAUAGUUGCGCCAGUCAGGCCGCGUACCCAGGUCAAAGAGCACAUGCUGGCCGGUUCUGUUGUUGGAGACCAGGAAGCAGUAUAUGGGCGCGUCAAAAAACGAACCGUCAACGCGAGGAAAUGCGAGCGUGAGUGA